AUGUUUCUGUUUAAGCAAGGUGGAGGCGGCGGUGCUGGCAACAUGCUGCAAGGGGUUCUCGGUGGCCUUACGGGUUCAGGACAAGGAGGAGGAAAAAGCGGUGGUGCUGGCAACAUGCUACAGGGGGUCAUGAGCAGCCUUUCUGGCUCAGGAGGCCAAGGUGGCGGUGGAGCUGGCAAUGUUCUACAAGGAGUUAUCGGAAGCCUGGCAGGAUCUGGUCAGGGUGGUGGUGGCGGAGCCGGAGGCAUGAUACAAGGAGUACUUGGAGGAUUGGCUGGACAAGGAGGUGCUGGCAAACUUAUACAAGGAGCUAUUAGUGGUCUGUCUGGUGGUGGAGGAGGCGGACAAGGUGGCGGCGGCGCAGGAAAGCUGUUUGCUGGUGCACCGGGUGCUGGAGGUGGACAAGCGGCAAACAUCAUUGGAGGUAUUGUCAAUGUCAUUGGUGGAUUAAUUGCAAAUUACCAACCUGCCCCUCCUCCCGCCCCUUGCGCCAACACAUACCAACAAGAAGCGAACGAAAAUGAGGAGCAGCGCCAGUUCCGACGCCUUUUCAAACAGCUUGCAGGAGAAGACAUGGAGGUCUCCCCCGUGGAACUUCAAAAUGUUCUCAACAAAGUUGUGGCAAAGCACUCAAAUCUUAAGACUGACGGUUUCAACAUUGACACUUGCCGCAGUAUGGUUGCCGUCAUGGACAGCGAUGGUACAGGAAAGCUCGGCUUUGAAGAAUUCAAGUACCUCUGGAACAACAUCAAAAAAUGGCAGUGUAUCUAUAAGCAAUUUGAUGCCGAAGGGUCGGGAUACAUCAAAGGAGAAGACAUGCCAGGGGCCCUCAAAGCUGCAGGUUUCGAGCUUAAUGACCAACUCUACGUCAUGCUCGUUCGACGUUACGCUGAUGACCAAGGCAACGUGAACUUUGACAGUUUUAUCAGUAGCCUAGUCCGGAUGGACUCCAUGUUCCGAGCUUUUAAGGCACUGGAUAGAGAUGGAGAUGGGGAGGUCCAAAUCAGACUACCAGAGUGGCUAAAAAUGACUAUUUAUUCCUAA